AUCGAAAGAAAUUGUGCCACCCACAUGCUGGCACGUGAGGUGACGACAGGCCUCGAUUUUUUUUAUUUAAUAUUACCUCGAAAUGCCCAAAAUACCGAACCUGCUUGGACCGAACCGGACGUGGUUCAGAUGGAUCAAAACGAACCGUAGAGACGGAGCGGAAGGGGACACUUGCUAAUGGCGGGAAGUUCAUAUUUUCGUCGAGCGCCAUUGACGAUUUCAAGUUAAGCUCAGUGGAGAGGACUGGAGAUCAGUCCAAAGCGGGAGAGAGAGAGAGAGAGAGAGAGAGAGAGAGAGGGAGAGAGAGAGAUCAGAUUCAAAGCGAUCGGCGGAGGAAAUCAAUGCAACCGAAGAUUAGCUCCUUCUUCAAGCAGCCGGCUGCCCCGCCCGAGGUUUCUGAAGAGAGCGGCGAUGCGUUGGCGCUGUGGGAGAAGACGCAGAACGUAAUCGUCCGGACAUACAAGCGCAGAGCUCUGAAAUCAAACGGAGCAACUGGGGACAAUAAAGACACGAAUAACAAAGCAUUAAAUCAGGGCAGCAUUUCAGAUGGAAAGGGAACUUGGGCAAAACCCAAGCCAACAAUACCGGGAUCGGCAGUCAACAUAAAUAAGAAAAGGAGCUAUGCUCAGGUUCACUUGGAACUGGGCCAAUCCGAUUUUCUUCUCCGCACAUGCUCUGCUUGCGGAAUCAAGUAUGCUCCCGGCGAUGCGGAGGAUGAAAAGUCUCACGUGGUCUUUCACAAGAAUUACACCCAUGGAGUUCCAUUCAAGGGUUGGAUCAAUGAAAGGCUUGUACAUAUGCCUUCCAUCGAAGUCGAGCGCAUCGUAUUGGUAUCGGACAAUGACCCUCCUGCACACAGGAACAAGGUCCAAGAGGUUGUGAAGAUGAUGGAGAGCGAACUAGGAUGUGGAUGGAUAUACCAUAAACUAUGCAAGGUCUAUCUGUUCAUAUCUUCUCAGAGGAUUGCUGGGUGUUUAGUAGCUGAACGCAUAAAAGAAGCAUUCAGAGUCAUAUGUGAUGCUGAAACUAAAAGGACUGAAGCCAAAGGCCCAAUCAUAAAGGAGGAAAGAGGAAGACUGAAGUCUGCUGGUCUUCAAUUUGGGAACAUCAUGUUUCAAAGAGAAGUAGUGAGAAAAAUCCUGCGUGUCGUUAACAAGAAUGAGGACGUAAAUGGAGCAAUCUACUGUGAAGAGGAAGCUGUGCCGGCUCUCUGUGGAAUUAGAGCCAUCUGGGUCUCUCCAUCCAAUAGAAGAAAGCGCAUAGGCACUCAUUUACUGGAUGCUGUGAGGAAAAGUUUCUGCACGGGAAUUGUGCUUGAGCAUUCUCAGUUGGCAUUCUCUCAACCAACCUCAGCUGGGAAGGCAUUGGCAUCCUCUUAUAUGGGCUGCAGACCUCUUCUUUUGUACAGAGCCGAGAAUUCAGGGUUCAGCUAAGCUUUCCCUGUAGAUUUCAACCACAUCGUUCUUUCGACAGAAUGGAAUUCUGCAUAGAUGCCGAAAAAUGUCUAGGUACACAUUGAAAAGGUUUACUUGCUGAGACUUGAGACCAAUGAUCGGAACCCAAAUCUCAUGGAACACAAAUAUGUUUAGUGCAGUACGUAGAACGAUAGGGUUCAUCAUAAUAUGACACAUCCUGUACAUUAGUCCCUUCGAUAUGUCUCCUUAUGGCAUAAUGAGAAAAAUACUUGUUUUGUGAUAUGAAGUUGUAGUUCCCACCAUUAAUGUGAUAGCACACGGACAACUCAAGAGUUAUUUGAUGCUC